ACAGUGAAGAACGAGGCUUCUGAGUCCCGUGUCCUUCGCUUCCCUGAAUGCCCUUCGUGUUCGCGGGUCCUCUCACCCACACACUUUUCUCUCCUUCUCAUUGCCAUUCAAACAAAACUCCUACCCCAUUCAAUCUCUCUCUCUCUCGCUCUCGUAAGAACAGCUAAUCCGUCGAGACACAGAUGAAAAAUCCCGGUUUCAAUUUCGGCUCAACUAUCUGAGUUUCGCUUUCUUUCUGAUCCGGUUCGUCCCAGAUUACUGUUAUUAUUCCAUCUAUUGGUUUUCCAACAUGGGUUUGAGUUUUCUGCGUCGGUGCUUAUUUAUUUUAUUUAUUGAAGCGUGAUUGAUCGCUUGAAAGAGAAGAAAGGGUGAUGGGCAAUGCAUGCACGUUUGCUCACUUAUGCAUACUUUUGAUUGUUUGUUCAUUUUCAUGGAUAUGGAUCUGAUUUUUUGGAUUUCUUCUUGAGUUUUAUACCAUAUUUUUUUGGGAUAAUACACGCCUGAUAUAUACACUUAUACAUGUGCAAUGAGCUACCGGAUUUUGUGUAGGUGAAGGACAAGAUGUCUGGUUUCGUGGGUGUAAUUGUUUCUGAUCCAUGGCUGCAAAGCCAGUUCACCCAGGUGGAGCUACGCACACUUAAAUCCAAGUUUAUUACAAUAAGGAGUCAAUCAGGAAAAGUCACCGUUGGAGAUUUGCCUCCUGUGUUUUCACAAUUGAAGGCUUUCAGAGAAAUGUUUAAUGAAGAUGAGGUCAAGGAUGUGUUGGGGGAGUCAUAUAGUGACAUGGCUGAAGAAAUGGAUUUCGAGUCCUUUCUGAGAGCAUAUUUGAAUUUGCAAGCCCGAGCAACAGCCAAAUCAGGUGGUUCGAAGAAUUCUUCCUCAUUUCUUAAGGCAACAACAACCACUGUUCACCAUGCUAUCAAUGAGUCUGAAAAGGCUUCUUAUGUUGCUCAUAUUAAUAGCUUCCUAGCUGAAGAUCCAUUCUUGAAGAAGUAUCUACCAAUAGAUCCAUCCACAAAUGCUCUAUUUGACCUCGUGAAAGAUGGAGUUCUUCUUUGCAAGCUUAUCAAUGUAGUCGUUCCUGGGACCAUUGAUGAGCGAGCAAUAAACACAAAACAAACACUUAAUCCUUGGGAACGAAAUGAGAACCACACCCUUUGUCUGAAUUCUGCAAAGGCUAUUGGAUGCACGGUGGUUAAUGUUGGCACACAGGACUUGGCUGAAGCAAGACCCUAUCUUGUUCUUGGACUCAUUUCUCAAAUGAUUAAGAUUCAACUGUUGGCUGAUCUCAAUUUGAAGAAAACCCCCCAACUAGUAGAGUUGGUGGAUGACAGCAAGGAUGUGGAAGAGCUCUUAGGUUUGGCACCAGAAAAGGUUCUACUGAAAUGGAUGAAUUUUCAUCUGAAAAAGGUUGGCUAUGAGAAGCAGGUUACAAACUUCUCAUCUGAUUUGAAGGACGGUGAGGCCUAUGCUCACCUGCUUAAUGCUCUUGCACCGGAACACAGUAACCCUACCACCUUUGAAGCAAAGGAUCCUUCAGAACGAGCAAACAUGGUUCUUCAGCAGGCAGAAAAAUUGGAUUGCAAAAGAUUCCUCACUCCGAAGGACAUUGUUGAAGGCUCUCCAAAUCUUAAUCUCGCUUUUGUGGCACAAAUAUUCCAGCAUAGGAACGGAUUGUCUGUUGACACCAGCAAGAUGUCAUUUGCUGAGAUGACAACAGAUGAUGCACAAACUUCUCGGGAAGAGAGAUGCUUCCGUCUCUGGAUAAACAGUCUUGGUAUUGCUACAUAUGUCAAUAAUGUUUUUGAGGAUGUCAGAAAUGGAUGGGUUCUUCUAGAAGUUCUUGAUAAAGUGUCGCCUGGAUCAGUAAACUGGAAACAGGCAAGUAAGCCUCCCAUAAAGAUGCCGUUCAGAAAAGUUGAAAAUUGCAACCAAGUUAUAAAGAUUGGGAAGGAGUUGAACUUCUCACUUGUUAAUGUUGCUGGCAACGACAUUGUGCAAGGAAAUAAGAAACUAUUACUGGCAUUUUUAUGGCAACUAAUGAGAUUUACCAUGCUCCAACUCCUGAAAAACUUGAGGUCCCACUCCCAAGGUAAGGAGAUAACAGAUGCUGACAUUCUAAAUUGGGCAAACAAUAAAGUGAAGGCAGCAGGUAGAACAUCUCAAAUGGAGAGCUUCAAGGAUAAAAACCUUUCAAGUGGAAUGUUCUUCCUUGAGCUUCUUAGUGCUGUGGAACCAAGGGUGGUCAACUGGAGCGUUGUUACAAAGGGGGAAACUGAUGAGGAUAAGAAGUUGAAUGCAACAUACAUUAUUAGCGUUGCCCGAAAGCUCGGAUGCUCCAUUUUCUUGUUACCUGAAGACAUUAUGGAGGUAAACCAGAAGAUGAUCCUCACAUUGACUGCAAGCAUAAUGUACUGGAGCCUUCAGCAACAAGGAGGGGAGUCGGAGUCUACCCAAUCUGAAGACAAUGACGAGAAUGAGAGAGAUGUGGCUAAUGAGGUCUCUAGUUUGUCCAUCAAUGAUGCUGUUUCAGAUGUCGGAGACGAGGAAUCCUCUACUGGGGGCUAAAAGAUAAGGAUCAAAAUAAUCAAUGAAAAAAAUUUGCAGAGUUCUUAUAUUCUUUCUUAUAGAACAGGAAUGGAAUGAAAGGAAAUUAUUUUGCAGCUAUAGCAUAUACUUGAGUCUUCAGAAAUUCUUUUCCUUUUUUUCCUAUAGGUAAACCACAGAGGAAGGAAUGAUCCUGUAAAUUUUCUGUGUUAUUAGAGAUUGCUGUUGGACAUAUUCUUUGACAAAAAGCUUCAUUGAUUGAAUUUUCAUAGCAUAAGACUGUCAUUUACAA